ACAAGAACAUUGCUUGUUUGUCUUAGCACAUGGUACUGGGCAUGAGUUAAGGAUGACGACGUUACCAAAGAUAACCCCUCACAGCACCCACAUCACCAGGGUGGUGAAGGCUAAUCCCUAUGACCCGUACCCCCCUCGGGAACUCUCUUUCUCCAUGGACUGGGUGUCUAUCCCCUCUAGGGUGAACCCACUUGCCCCACCACCGCCAAAAAGAAGGAUAAAUUCCAGCUGGGAAACAAGCGACCAACAUUGGCAUAACGAAAAACGGAGAAAUAUAAUGCAGCAGAGAGAACACUUGCGCUAUCACUCAGCGUGGUCAAAAGCGUUUUACGGGUCACCGGCAGACAGGGAGUCAUACAGGAGGCAUUUUCGUGAAGUUUUAAAACAACAGAUGGAUGACAAAGUGUCGAAUCGACGGCAGCUGUUUUGCAGUAAAGUGAAGGAGAGCGAGCGAGCAGUGGAGUACGACAGAGAGUGUUUGCAGAAAGAUGCGGAAAAAUACCAGCAGAGGCACACUUACCUGAAACAGUUUAGGGACGCCAACAAAUCGCUGAUGGAAAGCCGACUGACCUAUGUAAAGGAGAGGAAACUGAAUGACAACAUCAGGGAGAGAGAAGUGUUACGAUACAACCCAAUCAACUGGAGCGGAACUUUAAAAUAACUUGCAUGUGGAUAUAUUAGGAACAUUUAUCUUUAAUUAUGUGGUCAGUUUCACGUAGAAAAUAAAACUGUAAAUGAAUUAAAGAUGUUUUACACAGGUUCGCUGGAGUUUUUCUCGAGAUUUUGGGCACGGAUGCGAUAUUCUAAGAAUAAGAGUGGGUUUUAUUUAUUUUUAAGUUGUGAUACACAAGCCUGUGGGAACACCAAUGUUGAUUGUUGACACGACAUUACUGUUUCGAAUAUUUCGCUUAGUCGUCGACAACUACAUGUAUAUAGUGACGUGCCUAUUAUGCAGACGCAUAGAAAGACAAAUUUCGAUACACAAGAGUUUCCCGACAUCAUCAACGCACUGCGCAUACGAAAAGGUAGACGCAAUUUCUUGUCACAGCAGUCCAGUCUAUGCGUGCGUCCAUUUUUCAAACUGUCUGUCCGUCCGUCCGUCCGUUUGCCUGCACGUGCACGAGACUUGUGACUCUCGCUUCCCGUUACUGGACGUACGAGAGUAUUGAACGACAUUCUAAAUGUGAUUUGUUUUGUUAAAAUAUUUAUAUAGAGAGUUAUACUUGUCGAGU